UGGCUUCUGGCUUGAAAAUUUUGUCUGUAAAAUGUGCAAGAACCAUGGACUGUAAUUGGAGUAGCCCGCCCGUAACCCGACCCGCAGGUAGGGACAAUACCAUGCACGGCCCGGCACUGUAAACAACACCGUGCCAGCCGCGCAUUAAUGAUUACCCACAAGCCUAUUUACCUAUUGACGAAUCACCAGGCACCGACGGUACUACGCCUCGGGGGCGACACUACCGCGCAGGUCACGGCCAAGCUACGCACAGGUAAAGGUGUAGUCGGACAGGUAGGGAGGGAAGGAUGCUAGCACACCUGGAUACCCACAUUUCCUCCACUCUCUCGGGACUUUGGACUACUACAUACUGCAGGGCAGUAAGGGUCAAGUACAUGUGAGAGUAACAGAGAAGACUGUCACAACAAGAUGGAGAGAAGAGCGACACAGGUGACACUGCUGAUCCUUGCUGCAUUGUGCCACAUCUCAGUGCACGGGUGUCCGACGAACUGCACCUGCCUGCCCGACAAUCUGGUGGACUGCCAACACGGGCACCUGACAAACAUUCCCCCGGACAUCCCCAGGGGCACAAAAUACUUACAACUUCAGCACAACAGAAUACGCUCCCUGGGACCACACCUCUUCGGGCCCCCUGUCUUGAGAAGUCUCCGAAAACUAAACCUUAGUCACAACGAACUUGUUUCGGUGCAUCCGGACGCAUUUAGCUACAGGCUUCGCAGCGCCACUUUGGAAGUCCUAGACUUGAGCAACAACAACAUCUCCUCCCUCCUUCCCUUCACGUUUGACAAACUGAACAGACUAGAACAACUCUAUCUCCAUGGUAACAACCUUCCCAUCAUUGGGCCGAAUGCCUUCACAGGUCUCCGGUCACUGCGGCUGCUAAGCCUCCAAAACAACCAGAUCUCUGUGAUCGCCAGGGACUCGUUUCAGCACCUUCCGACUCUGGUCGAUCUGUCUUUACAAAACAACCAGCUGGCGUUCCUACAUGACCGGACUUUCGAGGGACUCACGAGUUUGCAAACGCUGGAUCUGAGCGAGAACAGGAUACACGGCUGGGAAAAUGAUUCGCUCCUCGGGCUGACCGAUUUGAGAGAUUUGCGUCUAGAUUUCAACAGACUGAGAGCGAUUCCCGAACUCCCCGAGACCUGGUUUCCGCGAAACUGUCUCAAAAGGCUGAACCUGAGCCACAACCCGAUAGAAACGAUCACAGACCACGCGCUCGGCCUGGCCAUAGAGCUACAGGAGCUGUAUCUUCACGACCUUCCUGAGCUGUCGACCGUACAAAACUUCGCCUUUCGCGGUCUGCCAAAACUGCAGAAGCUCCACAUGCACAACAACCCCGGGCUCAACACCCUCCCCAUACACGCGCUCGUUGGUCUCCCGAGGAUACAGCACAUCAACCUACGCAACAACUCAUUCAGCACCCUCGACUAUUUGCUAUUCCCAAACAGCUGGGAGCUGCACGUAGUGGACCUGUCCGACAACCCGUGGGACUGUUCGUGCAGAAACUCUUUCCGAGAUUGGAUAGACGACUUCGCCAGGCACGGUACGGUCAUGAACUCGGAGAGAACGUUGUGCGAGUCUCCGGCGGAGAUGGCAGGGGAGGAACUGCUGUCCUUGCCAGACGAUUACUGCGAAGAUGGAGACAACAGUGAAGAUGAAGAAGAAGAGGAUGACAGAAGAGGACAGGAGGAGGAAUAUUGGAAAGGCCAUCCUGAAGAAGAGGACCGCCCAGAACCUGAACCUGAACCUGAUGGGCCUGAGGUGCCGUGCUCUCACAACGCAUGUCUGGAAAAUGGGCGAUGCAUGAUGAAGGGGAACAGUGCGUACUGCCGAUGCCCGCGUGGGUUCCUGGGGAGCUACUGUGAGUUGCACGGUGACAAGGGCAAGCUGGAGAGAAUCUUCGCAUCCUCUGAUACCGAGACGACCAUCGACGUGGCGUGGACAGUGAAACAAAGAGACCUCAACCUGACGUUUCUGGUCUACUGGAGCGUGAACGGGCCUAUGCAGUACGAAGUCUCGCAGGACCUCUCCCGGGAGACGAGAGGAUACCGGAUAACUGACCUGCUUCCCGGGUCCUUCCACCGGGUCUGCGUGCACUCCAACAGGUACAACUUCCAGGUCUCCCACGAGUGCAUGGACUUGGGAACGUUGGGGUUUUCAGGGGAGAAUCCGUGGGGGCCCGAAGACGGGUCCAUGCCUCUACCUAACAAAGACCCGUUCCAAAUAGCGAACAUCGGCAAGGCUGUCGGUAUAGGGGGAGGGGUGGUGAUCCUGAUAGGCAUCAUCAUCGGGGUGGCGUGCCGGAUACGAUACCUCCGCGGGAAUGCUCGCACGGAAGCGGAGACGCCGCCGCCCGACUACAGCAGAACGAACUCGCGCCAGUCACAGAUCCAGCUGCAUGACUUACCCCCACCCUACCAUGAGGUAGUGAGUCAGGGGAUCGUAAAUCCCGCCCUCAAUCCCGGCUUCGCUAAUCCUCCCUUUAAUCCGGGACUUGUAAACCCCGAGGUGAAUCAGAGGGAUAGCAGGUCUAGUAACAACACGUUGCAGAGCGCGCAGUCGCUACCGACUAUCUCAGAGGAGAACGAAGCAGGCGCAGAUGUGGCACAGUAUAGACAUUGACGAGAGGCGUCCAACGGCUGACUGGUUAGGGUAGCGGGCAGAAGAUUGAGAGGCUACAGGUUUCUGGCAUUCCUGGCUAGAUAUUGUGUCAUUGAGAAAGGUGCAUGUACUUCAUAUGACUUUCCUGACUCCACCAAGAUGUGAGAAUGGGUACCUGACUUUGGUAAGGGAGGUGGAAGGAGAGGGAUGGGCAACACUGCCCUAGACACAGUGGAUAACAACCCACUUACACCCCAGCCUUAAAAAGGCUAUGGAAGUACCUUAUACCUUUACAAUAAAUAGGACAGCUUAUCCCUGAAACGUUGCUGAAAACAGUUGCAGUAAUAUUUUCUGUCCUGCCUUAGAGAAAAGUGAACAUUGAGAAAAUACCAUGGAGUAAAACUACCAUGGUAAGAAAUUCUGUUCUGUAUCAAAUACAAACACUCCGCAAAUAGUUAAUCAUGGUUGAUUGAUCAAUUGAACAGUCUUCUAAGUACACAAUCGUCUUUCUCUUCUGUACAAAUGUUUGUGACAGUCUGCCUGCUGUCUUCCUCAGUGUACAAUAAUAUUUGUAUCAACAGUGCUAAGUGAACUUGUCCAAUCAACACAAAGUAAAAUAAGUACAUGUAAAGUUUACUUUGCACGAAUAGUAAUAGGACACAUUCACUGAUGAGGAAAGCAGGGAAGACUGUCAAAAUUUUUGUAUUGCAUUGUACUGUAUACCUAAGAAAACUAUGUUCGACUUUGUUAUACUAUAGAAGCCAUCAAGAAAAACUGAGGGUCAUAGGAGGGAAGUGCCAAAUACAAAAAUGUACAUGUAGUGCUUACAAGAGUAAGAAAAAACUUAUUUCAAUUGGCAUUUAUUUGAUGCCCAAAAGAGCUGACGAAAAAACUACAGAAGCAAAAAAAUGUCAAAUAUUUUGAGCUGCCAAAAGUGUGUGUUCUCACAGCCCUCCUAUGAUCCCUUAUCAGCAGUUUGUAAGCAAUCCUGAAGUUUGGAGCUUUUCCAUGAUGAUAUCUAUGCAAGACAUCUGAAAAUAAUGUCAGCAGG